AUGGCGGAGAUGGAUGAGCCGAAGAAAAAGAGGAGAGUAGUGGAGCUGACAGAGAAGAUGGUGGUGGAUGGAGGCUGUGGAGGUACCUGUGAAUGGGAAGGCCGAUGGAACCACAUAAAAAAAUUCCUGGAGAGGUCGGGACCAUUUAUACACCCAGACUUUGAGCCCAGCCCGAAGUCUUUGGCGUAUUUGUUGGAAACCUGCAAAAUCCUGGUUAUUGGUGCAGGUGGACUGGGUUGUGAGCUGCUGAAAGAUCUGGCUUUAUCGGGCUUUCAAAACAUUAAUGUGGUCGACAUGGACACCAUUGAUGUUUCCAACCUGAAUCGUCAGUUUCUCUUCAGGUCCAAAGAUGUAGGACGACCAAAGGCAGAUGUUGCAGCUGAUUUCAUCAACAGCCGGAUACCUGGAUGCCAUGUGAUCCCACAUUAUAAGAAAAUUCAAGAUUUAGAUGAAAGAUUUUAUAGACAAUUCCAUAUUAUUGUCUGCGGUCUCGACUCCAUCGUUGCUCGGCGGUGGAUAAAUGGUAUGCUGCUUUCUUUGCUGGUGUAUGAAGAUGGUGAAUUGGAUCAGUCAUCCAUCAUUCCACUUGUUGACGGUGGGACUGAAGGCUUUAAAGGCAAUGCCAGGGUCAUUCUCCCUGGCUUGAGUGCCUGCAUUGACUGUACACUUGAGCUGUAUCCUCCUCAAAUCAACUUCCCCAUGUGCACAAUAGCAUCAAUGCCUCGCUUGCCUGAACAUUGCAUUGAAUACGUUCGAAUACUGCAGUGGCCUAAAGAGGUGCCAUUUGGAGAUGGUGUUGCCCUGGAUGGCGAUGACCCAGAGCACAUCCAGUGGGUUUUCCAGAGAUCUCUAGAGAGGGCAGCAGAGUUCAACAUAACAGGAGUCACUUACAGACUAACACAGGGUGUUGUUAAGAGGAUUAUCCCAGCUGUAGCAUCUACAAAUGCUGUUAUUGCUGCUGCUUGUGCAAUUGAGGUUUUCAAAUUAGCAACAAGUGCCUAUGUGCCUCUCAGUAACUACAUGGUGUUCAAUGAUGUGGAUGGCCUGUACACGUACACAUUUGAGGCUGAACGAAAGGAAAACUGCUCAGCUUGCAGCCAAGUUCCACAGGAUCUGCACUUUGCUCCAGCCUCCAAACUCCAGGAGGUGUUGGACUACCUGACUGAGAGUGCCUCCUUGCAAAUGAAAUCACCUGCUUUAACAGCAACAAUUGAUGGCAAAGGAAAAACUUUAUAUUUGAAGUCCGUUGCAUCAAUUGAACAGAGGACACGGCCAAAUCUGUCCAAAACCUUAAAGGAGUUGGGGCUGAUGGACAGACAAGAACUGGCAGUAGCAGAUGUCACCACACCCCAAACCAUGCUGUUCAGACUUUGCUUUACCUCCUAACUAGUAUAGUUUACUGC